AUGUUCUGCACAAUGGCAUCUUUCACGGCUAGGACAUGUCCUCUCCUUCAGGCACCAUUAUACUUAGCAAUUCUAAGCAUCGCCACCAUCAAGGGCUGGCUGUGUCCCUUGCAGCAACAAUUGUCAACUAUUCUAUGUUCACUUGGGCUAGGGUUCGCGGUUACUGUCGAGACACAAGUCAAUGAUGGAGGGCGCAAUACUCUGGGCGGCCACCGUGGUGCCCUUUACAUGGGUACUGUACUGGCAGCACUAGGUCUUGUAGUGUCAAUAUGCUUCGUGUGCACAAGUUGGGGACAGCAUCGGAGAGAUCAGAAGAGAUAA